UGCGCUUGAAGGCGGUGGGCGUGGGCGUCGAGGCGCAUGCGCCCUCCUUCCUUGCUGCCAAGAUGCUUCGGAGGAAGCCGACGCGGCUGGAGCUGAAGCUGGACGACAUCGAGGAGUUCGAAGGCGCCCGGAAGGAGCUGGAGAGCCGUAAGAAGCAGCGUGAAGAGGUGGACGUGGUGGGCGCCAGCGACAGCGAGGGAGCCCUGGGACUAAACAACGACAAGAACCGAGAACAGAUGAUCCACGAUCGGAUCGGCUACAAACCGCAACCCAAACCCAACAAUCGUUCCUCUCAGUUUGGGAACUUUGAGUUCUAGGGCCAAAGGACAUUCGUUUUGCUAGCAUCCACAAGGUUUGGGCAAAGGAGGAAUUCCUUUGAGUCUGUAAGAAGUUCAUCUGGAAGCAGCCAAGAGGAAUGGGCCUGCCUUCUCUUGGCAUUAAAGGAAGCAAUUCCUCUGGCAAACCAGAGACUCUUCUCCCAAACUCUAUGGCAUUCUUGUUCCACUUGGGGCUUUUUCCCUCUUGCAAUCUCUUUAGCUGAUGUAUCUUAAAUAAAAGUGUUUUUUUCCCUUUUUUAAAAGUUUAUAAAUCACAUUUUUUGGAUGAGAUGUUUUGAAUCUUAUGGAUGGAAUUAAAAUCUUAACACUGA